CACAAAUUCAUAAACAGCAGAACUAGCAAGAGGGAUCAACAAUGUCAGAGGACAGGAUUUUACACAGAGCUGUGGAAUUAAGUGGAUUUGUCGGUGCUUUAACAAAGUCACAAAUGCAACAGUCUCUCUCUCUCUCUUUUUUUUCUCUCUCUGUUAUGCAAGUUUAGCUCAGUGGUUCUAUGGGUGGGGCAGAAAGAUGCUGCCGCUUUAUAAAUUUCAAAAUGCCCUGAGGAUGUUGACUGUCAAGCCUCAGUUGUUUAGCUGCUCCGAGAUUUCUGGACUUUCAUGAUGGAUAUAGGACAGCCAGGUCAACAUAUGCAGCAAAAUGGACUCAUGAUGAAGCAGCCAGACUGUGUGAAACCACCAGUAAACAUCGCAGAAGAAGAGGACAUGGAAAGUGAAGAUAUGGAGAAAGAGGCACCGGACAGGCGAUGCGCUUGGGAGGCCAGCAUCUUCUAUUCUCCUGGGAAUGAGACCUUCUCCUUCACCGGGCAGGAGAUCAGCAUCCGAGAAUCACUUGACUCUUUUGGUGCUGUCAUCUGGCCAGGCGCUGUGGCUCUUUGCCGGUACUUGGAGAAGAACAGAGAACAGCUUGACCUGAUGGAUAAGGCGGUACUUGAACUUGGAGCGGGAACAGGCUUGGUGUCCAUUGUGGCAACUUUACUGGGUGCUUGGGUCACGGCCACAGAUCUCCCCGAUGUCCUGAGCAACCUAAACUUCAAUCUUUCCCGUAACACACGGGGACGUUGCAGGUACACACCUCAGGUGUCACCACUGAAAUGGGGUCGGGACGUUUCACGUCAUUUUCCCAGCUCUGUCUACCAUUACGACUACGUGAUGUGUGCAGACGUGGUCUAUCAUCACGACUAUCUGGAAGAUCUACUUAUCACCUUGCAACACUUCUGCAAGCCUGGCACCACCCUGCUGUGGGCGAAUAAGGUACGAUUCCAGUCAGACCUGUGCUUCACUGAAAACUUCAAAAAUGCAUUUGACACCACAUUGCUGGAAGACAUCCCACAAGAGGAGGUCAGGAUCUACCAGGCCACAGCAAAGAAGUGAACAAAAUCAAGCGAGAAAGAGAGAACCUAAAACAGAGAGAAUUUAAAGGGACAGUUCACCCAAAAUGAACAUUCUAGGCAUUUCGUCACUCUCAUUUUGCUACAAACCUGUAUAAAUGUAUAUAAAUGCUUGGCUGAACACAAAGGAAGAUAUUUUGAGGAAUGUUUGUAACCAAACUAAUCAAAGGCUCCAUUGACUUCCAUAGUAGAAAAAACAGAAUACUAUGGAAGUCAACAGAGCCUCUGAUAUAUUCCUCAAAAUAUCGUUGUGUUCAUCAGAAAAAAAGAAAUGAAUACAGGUUUGUAACAACAUGAAAGUGAGUAAAUGCUAACAGAGUUUUCAUUUUUGGGUGAACUAUCCAUUUAAAAUCCCAUUUAAGAUCCUAGCAACACUGAAGUGACGAUGCUCCACCUGUGGGCUGGGAUGCAAAAUUACAAUCAAUGAAGACAACUGUUGAGCUUUAUCAUUUUUACUAAAGAAGAUACCAAAUGUACAAUAACCAUGAUUCCUAUGUAUUUUUAUGUUUGAUAACUUUAAAAAUCCAUGUAAUUUAAGUCUAUUUAUUUAUUAAACAUUACUUGCAUGUUUGAUUUUAAAUCUUAUGUAAGUAUCAUACAUACUUUCUUCUUUUUAUUAAAUAACUUCUUGCAACAUGGUUUAUGUAAGAUGCUCAAGAUACUUUUGAACCUAAACCACUGCAUUCAUUACAGAAAAUAAAACAAAUUCAAAUGAUAAAGAAAGCAACUGCAAAUAUUAUGUAUACAUUAGGCUAGUCUAAACAGCCAAAACAGACAAGCCCAUGGGAGAGGCCAUUCAGGAAGUAAGGCGGCUUGUUUACACGAUUUACAUUGGAAUAAUGCAGAAAUGAGAGCCGAAGUCC